AUUGUAUGAAGCUUAUUCGUAUUGAUAAUGUAAAACCAACAAAGAAAUUUCAUAAUGCUAGAAGUAGAUAUGUCGAAAUUAUCAAGCCAGAAGACUUGAUGCAAAAACAUUGGAAUAAUGAAUCAUGUAUUAGAUCAAAUCAUAGUUUAACAAUAAAUAAAGGACUUGAAAGUCCCAGUCAAAUUAUCAUUUAA